AUGGGCUUCCUCCAAGGUCAAGUCGUCAUCAUCACCGGGGCCUCGUCCGGAAUCGCCCUCGCUACAGUGAAUGCCGCCCUCAACGAAGGUGCAAAGGUUCUCGGUGUAGACAUCUCUGCACCUCCGGAGUCUCUCGAUGGACACCCAAACUUUGCAUUCUGUCAAGCUGACUUGGUUGAUCCUGCAACGCCAAAGAAAGUGGUGGCAGCAUGUAUCGCGGCGCAUGGCCCGAGGAUUGAUUCACUAUUGAAUAUCGCCGGUGUCAUGGAUCAUAACGGAAGCGCCGACUCGGUCUUAGAUAGCCUGUGGGAUCGCUGUAUUGCUAUCAACCUUACUGCACCCGUCAAGCUGAUACGCGAGUUGCUCCCCAUUAUGAGGGAGCAAAAGAGCGGCAGUAUUGUGAAUGUGGCCAGCAAGGCUGCGCUGAGCGGAGCGGUCUCAGGUGUGGCUUAUACUUCAAGCAAGCAUGGUCUCAUCGGAGCCACGAAGAAUAUAGCUUGGAGGUUCAAGCAUGAAGGUAUUCGCUGUAAUGCCAUAUGUCCCGGAGGCGUGAGCAAUGAUACAGGCAUCUUGAAGGAUCUGGAUGUCAGUGCGUUUGACAAGGAUGCUCUGGCGGCAAUGUCCCCUAUCCAUGCGGCACAUUCGUCUGAUCGGGAGAAAGGAUAUGCUAUAACUCCAGAUGACGUUGCCAAUUCGCUUCUAUUCCUGAUCUCCUCCUCGAGUCGACGAAUCAGUGGCGCUGUGAUCCCUGUUGACAAUGCUUGGUCUACUAUUUAA